AUGCUACAUUAUCCUAUACGCUCGGCUGUUUUGUUGCUAUGGACAACAAUCGCAUGCCAAGCAGCUGUCAUUCCUCCUCCUCCUCCUCAGCUACCACCACAACAAGAAUUGACAGAACCAUCACCACCAUUAUUAGACCAUCAACAACAUGACCAGCAAUCAAGUCAGGAGAAUGCUGCAUUCUUGAACUACAACAACAACAACAAUUAUUACAAUAAUGAUCCACCCACAACCACUACCAACCUAAUGGCAGCAGAACCACCGUCCGAUGAUGUUGUCAUGCAAAAUGAUUUCGCUGUGCCACCACCUCCAAUUGUCAAUAUCAAAGUACCAGACGCUGGAUCUCAACAAGAUUCUCUUGCUUACGACAACAAUCAACACGUUGACUCAUUGAUGGAUCAUCAUGCCAUUAACAACAACAAUGAGGAUGAAAUGCUCGAUAAUUCAUCAUUAUCUACCAUGGACGACGAAGAAGAUGAUGAUGAUAAUGAGCUCUAUGAUGACGAGGAGGAAGAUGACUUGAUGACAACCAAUGAUGAGGAAGGAUAUUUGUUCAAUGUUCCCGACCACAAUGAGAACAUGAUGGAGAGUGAGGAGCUUGUAGUGGACCCAUCCACUGGAAUGCCAGCUUUUCGAAACAAGAAUGACAAUGACUUUAAUGUCAUGAAUCAACCAAACGCACCACAAUCACCACCCGUUAAUGAUCUUGGUAUAAACGUUCCACCACCACCAUCUCCUCCUCCUGCCGAUCAAAAGCCAUUACCUGCAACAGAUGCAUCCACUAGCACCACCCCCUUACAUCAACGUUCUUCUUUUUUCGGUGAUUGGCGUCUAUUGCUUGCUGCACUUGCAUUGCUCGCAGUCUGGAAAUUGAUUACUGGGAAACCACGACUCAUGGGAGCAUCUACUAGGCUUUCCAUUGCAGAGACGGUGGGUCCUCAUCUCGAACGACGUAAGCAAUUGAUUCAAAAAUACGAACUUGCUGCUGCUGCUCGAAGGAUACCGAUUCACACGAAUGACAUUGCACCAAGGAAGGUUCCAAGUUUUGUGUUCCCCACUAUUCCCGAGGAAGAGGAUGAAGAAGGCUCAGCUUUUGACAGAUCUACUCGACGCGUCUCCACGGGUCAUAUUCGACCCUCACCACCAUCCAUUCUCUUGGGUAAUACCAUGCCAGCUGCACGUACUUCAGGUAGCAAUAGCAGCUUUCAUCAUUCACGACAUGUCUCGUUCAGUGGCAAAUUCAAUUUAUAA